UCCCCCCGCGCCCCAUGGCUCUUAGCGGGGGCUCCGGGCAUUGAGGAUCCCGCUCCUAGGGGCUGCCCCCCACGCCCACCCCUAGCUGGCCGCGCAGACUCCGGAGCUCCGGGACUCGGCAUUGAAGCGUCCUCAGUUUGUCUGUCAAGCGGUCUGUCUGUCAGUCCCUUCCGCGAGGCCCCGCUGUCCCUCGGGCCGCCGCCUCCAGCCCUCCCGCACCCAUGCUGGUUCAUACUUAUUCCGCGAUGGACCGUCCGGAUGGGCUGAACGGCGCGGCUGGCGGAGGGCGCCUAUCGCAGCUCUCCUCCCUCAGCCAGGCGGCCUUCUCGGCGGCGGCGGCGCCUCCUCUUUGCCACACGCCUGCCUCGGACUUCCAGCCGCCCUACUUUCCGCCACCCUACCCGCAGCCGCCUCUGCCCUACGGUCAAACACAGGAGACGGCUUUCCCCCACCUCGGCGAACCCUACAGCGGCCUUGGGACGCUCCACCAGCACCCGCACCCGCACCAGCACCAGCAGCCCGCGUGGCCUUCUCCCCGCGGCGGCCGUCAGGACGAGCAGGGCCUCUUGGCUCAGACUCACCGAGCCCUGGGCCUGGACCCUCGCCGGGAUUACCCGGGAGUUCCCCGCCUCCUGCAUGGCCUGGCGGACGGAGCGCACGGUCUGGCGGACGGGCCGCUUGGCCUGCACGGCCUGGCCGCACAUCACGGCUUGGAGGAUCUCCAGGCCGUGGACGACACUGGGAUGAACCUCCUGGAUCAGUCCGUGAUCAAGAAAGUGCCCAUCCCCUCCAAAGCCAAUGGCAGCGCCAUCUCUGCCCUGUCCUUGAACAAGGAGAGCCUGGUCAGUGGCGUGGUCACGAACCCCAACGAGGUCUUCUGCUCGGUCCCUGGCCGCCUGUCCCUGCUCAGCUCCACCUCCAAGUACAAGGUCACCGUGGGAGAAGUGCAGAGAAGGCUUUCACCCCCCGAGUGCCUCAACGCCUCCCUGCUUGGGGGUGUCUUGCGCAGGGCCAAGUCAAAAAAUGGAGGCCGCUGUCUUCGGGAGCGAUUGGAGAAGAUUGGUCUCAACCUGCCGGCGGGGCGUCGGAAGGCAGCUAAUGUGACACUGCUUACCUCCCUGGUGGAAGGAGAGGCAGUGCACCUCGCCAGGGAUUUUGGCUACGUGUGUGAGACGGAGUUCCCAGCCAAGGCAGCUGCUGAGUACCUGUGCCGGCAACAUGCGGACCCUGCAGAGCUGCACAGUCGGAAGAACAUGCUGCUAGCCACUAAGCAAAUCUGCAAAGAGUUUUCAGACCUGAUGGCACAGGACCGUUCCCCACUGGGCAAUAGCCGACCCUCUCUCAUCCUGGAGCCCGGAGUCCAGAGCUGCCUCACUCAUUUCAGCCUCAUCACCCACGGCUUUGGGGGCCCAGCCAUCUGUGCCGCACUCACGGCCUUCCAGAACUACCUGGUCGAGUCCCUCAAGGGACUCGACAAAAUGUUCCUGAGCAGCUCGGGCAACAGGCACCCAGCUGGAGACUCGAAAGUGUCAGAAAAGGAUGUGAAACACCAGAAAUAAUCUGCCCUCGCCUCCUGCCUCCCCUGCCCCCUUGGGCCUGGGGUUCUCCUGAAGCUUGGGAAAGGAGGCCUGAUCUCUUGAGUUUUGGGAGCAGGGAGAAAAAGAAGGGGGAGGAAAAGGCAGUUUGACUGUUGGGUCAUUCUGGAGCACAGGCUGGAAAGAUUCUUAGUUUGCUUUCAAAGGCAGUGAUUGAGGAAAGAAGGAAAAAUAGAGGGAAACCAUGGCACAGUGUGCUGAAAGUGGGAGCAGGGGAAGGCUAGGCAGCUCGGAGACCUUGUUCUCUCUGCAGAUUGAUUCAGUUUGAAGCCGGGGACCCACCAUCCUACAUCACACGUGCAAUGUUCAGGCUCCUCUAUCCCCCUCUCAGUGGAAGAGGCUUAGAGAAGGGUCCUGAGAGAGCUUCACUUGGUAGGGAAGGGGUGGGAAGGGCUUCAUAGGGCAAGGGUGGGGGGAGGGGG